GAGAGCCAAAUUCGAAGUGCCCAUCUUCGUUGGAGAUCCACCGCCUCGCCUGCCCGUGGCUGCGUCCGCUGGGCGGCCCUCCGCCACUGGGGCGGGAAUUCAGCGCGCCAGGUUCUACGGCGCCUUGUUCAUACCAUGGCAUGCUGGGGGCCUCCCGGACCUCACCCCUGCCGCUUGGGCCACGCACGUGAGCAGACUGCACGCCCUGGCACAUGACCGCUCCACAGACCUGGCCGACGACAUCCACAGGGACAUUGCUCAAGGCCGGCUGUUUCGCAUCCACAACGUCGCGGACGCUCUGACAUGCAGCGCCGCCAAGGCAAAGCUCAUGAGCAAGUGGCGCUGCCGGAACCGUGACCUCUGGGCGACGUCCACCUCCGAGCACCAGCACAGCGCUGACGGCAGCUCGGCCCGCGGAGACGCCCCCGGGGAGGCGGCUGCGCGCCGCGACAUCGAGGAAGUACACGACAGCGCCCCGCGACACAAGGACGCCACCGCCAUUCACAGAGCUGCUUCGGUGGGGCGCUGGGUAGACGACGUCGUCGCCAAGCUCGCAGAGGCGCAAGGAAUUGGCACAUCCUCGGCACAUCAUGCACCCUGGGACUGCAACGCCCCGCCCCGCAGUUCAAAAGUGGCGCUCCCAGUGGAGGGUGGCCCCGGCGCGAUCACGGACGUGCUGCGCGCCCUCAAGCAGCCGAGGGCGUUCGACGACGCCGGGGAUGCUGCGGCACUGAGCGCCGCACAUGACAGGAACACCUCGCCGGACACAGGCGACGCACAGAUCCCAGCAGAGUUCGUAGACCUCACCGAGACCGAGUUCGCGCAGGAACAACAAUCCUAUGCCGAACAGCGCCGGCGCGCAGCCCCGGGCCAGUCUACCUCCCCCCCGCCUCUGAACCCAGAGCAACGGACAUUUGCCAGGACACGCUUCCGCGCGCAGCGGCUGCUCGCCGACGGGCGCGCCACGGCAGAACCCUUCGAGACGACCUUGCACCGGCUGCGCCAGGGCGGGCUCGACCAAGUGACCCUCAUCCAAGGCGCUGGAGGGUUGGGCAUAUCUGUUUUGCUGCACGCCCUUAAUCGGGCGAUGCAGCGCGAACGGCUCGGCCACAUGGCCCUGUCUGCGUGGACAGGCGUCGCCUCCGCGCCAUUCCGCGCGCCGACCCUGUGCAGCCUGCUGGGGGUCGAUUUCGCCCGCCUGCGCCAGGAGCCACACCGCACCGAGCAGCAGAUUGGCGUCACUCGCACGGAUUAUGCCCAGUACUUCGGCGAGCCCGCCGACCUCGGCGUCUUCGUCAUUGACGAGGUGUCUUUCUUGGAUGCCGCCGUGCUGCACUGGGUGGACAUGAUGCUCCGAUGGCUCGUCGGCAAGCCAGAGGCACCCUUCGGAGGCGUCCUCCUCAUACUUGCAGGGGACUUCUGGCAGAAGCCACCGCCCGCGGGCACUACUUUGGCAGAGCUCUUAGUCCAGGCAGACGCGCCCGUGCGCAAGCAGCGAACUCUACUCCCAACGAGUCCCGCAGCGAAAGGGCUAGACAUAUUCCGCCGCGCUCAACGAACUGUCCUCCGCCGACAGAUGCGAGCUGCUGAUGGCCCAGCAUCCCAGGGAACUCUCCUGCACGUGCGCGACACCAACGCGGACACACCCAUUCCUCCGGAGUUUGUUCGCAACGCCGACAUCCGCGCGGAACCUGCGCGAGCAUUCGCGCCUAUUCUCGUGGCAGGCAACCUCGAGAGGCAUCGCCUCAACCACCACCAAGUGCAUGCCUUUGCAGAGACCCAUCAGCUGCCUCUGGUGCGCUGGAAGCUGCCCUUGUCAGACAAGGAUACGGCGGCCCUCUCAGAUAACGAACCUGGUCUGUGGGGAUACUUCGUCCGAGGGGCGCCCUGCAUGCUGUUGCGGAACUUGCAGCCGACCAAAGGCUUGGCUAACGGCUCCACGGGCUGGCUGCAUUCUUUGACUUUCGACGGGGAUCCGCCAGAUGACCUCCGUGCAGCCGAGGACGCGGCCAAGUUCGAAGUGGUCACCCUCAUGGCCCCGCCUCUGUCCAUCAACUGGGCCCCGUCCCUCGACGAGGACACUGCGCGAACCGGUAUCGACAGUUUGUUGUGCGACGAGCUUGUCGUGCCCACGCUGGCUGGCCCUGACAUGAUGGAGUAUGAGACUUGCUCCCUGUGCGCAACGAUGGCCAACGCUCCUCGGGUGGUGCGGCACAGGGGCCACCCAUUGACGCUGGCGUUCGCUCUGACAGAUUUCAAAGUCCAGGUCCGCACCGCGCACUUCGUCAACCUUAGCAUCGCAUCUCGCCCAUUCCCCCUGCACUUGGACAUGGGAGGAUUCUACGUCAUGAUAUCCCGAUCACCUCUGCUUCCCCCAGGCGACGGCAUCCGGGUCAUGAGCAAGGAGGAUGGCCUCAAACACCUGUUCAACCUGCGACGCGCCCCCGAGCUCACGGUCUGGAACGCGCCCUACACCUCCGAGGGCUACUGGGACGCAGCUGCCGCCCGCCGACACUCUGAGGAAGCCAAGAAGAAGAAGGCCGCCCCUAAGACUCUAAGAGGAGGGCAUACCGCGCAGCAGGCAGCACCUGAUCAUCGCAUUCUGCGAGCCUGGCCUGGCGCCUGA